AUGUCUAAUACAAAAUUUCCUUCGGUUUCAAUUAAUGAAAAGUUAUAGAAACGUAUAUUGAGAUCAAAGAUCGUAAAGAUAUUGAACAGUUAGUUUUAGAAUUAUUGCCACAAAUUCUUAAAAAUUGAGAGAUUAUAAUCAGAAAUUGAAACUAGGAAGACUGAAUUUGAUUUAGAAGAUCAAAAUUUCAUAUAACUAUUGCCUAUUCAUCCUCCUAUGAAAUUUACUUAAGAAGAAAAACACCAUUGCUAAAGAAUGAAUAUCAACAUUCCAACUCCUUUGGAAAUGCAAUAAAAACUGAAGGCACAAUUAACCCAUUAGGAAUUAUUGGAAAUUGGAGAAGAUCCAGCCUAUUUUAUUUAAGAUGAAGAAAUGAGACGAUUGAAUUGGAAUGAAGAAGAUUGGCUAUCAAAAUCUCAAACACAUUUCAAAAAGGAAAUAAAAGAUGUUCCCAAAAUAAAAUCUACUAGCAAUUUAUUAAAAAUAAAACAACCAACCUUUAGAUCAAAUACUGAAGAUAGAACUGAGAGAAAGAAAAAAAUGAUUGAUGACUAGGUUAAAAGACUGCAUGAGAUUAAUGAAAUCAAUUUUUAGAAGGUCAAAUAUAAUCAAGAAACUAAGGAAAUGGAGAAACAAAAAGAGUAAGCUAAGAUGAAUGAAAAAUUUAAGUCCAAAAUAGAUGUGUAGAUAAAAAAAUAAGAUGCAAAGCACGAAAGUCAUCAAAGAAUAGCUGAGUAUAAAUAACAAUAACAACUGUUGAUCAAAGAGAAAAUAGAUUAACAUAAAAAACGAAUUUCAGAGGAAGAAGAGAUGAUUAGAUUGAAUCAAAGAUUGAAAUAGAUAUGCUAAAACAAAUAGGUGAAUAGUCUAAUUGAUUUAAAUCUGAAAGACAGAAUUGAAAAAGCCAUUAAAUGCUAAACAAAUAAAUGA